CAAACUCACCUGACAACCAACAGAGGACCUGCCUCCAUCAGAGAAAGACAGACAACCCACAGGCUAACGUCACUGCAAGAGAAGGAAGGGCAGUAUAAACGUACACCUUUCAAGUCACCACUGAAAAACAGGAAGAAGCUUCAGCGGAAGGAACUCAAAGAACAAAUCUUCUGUCCACGAUGGUGUCUGCUGGGUUUCAAAUACUGGGCACAGCUCUGGGGAUCCUGGGCUGGAUUGGUGCUAUCAUCGUGUGUGCCAUUCCCAUGUGGAGGGUCACUGCUUUUAUUGGCAGCAACAUUGUCACCUCACAGACCUCCUGGGAAGGUAUUUGGAUGAACUGUGUGGUCCAGAGCACAGGCCAGAUGCAGUGUAAGGUCUACGACUCCAUGCUGGCCCUUAGCUCUGACCUCCAGGCUGCCAGGGCCCUGACCGUCAUCUCCAUUGUGGUGGGAAUUAUGGCCAUCCUGCUCUCUGUAGCCGGGGGGAAAUGUACCAACUGUGUGGAAGAUCCGUCAUCCAAGGCCAAGGUGGGCGUUGCAUCAGGGGUUGUGUUCAUCGCAGCUGGGAUCCUCUGCCUCAUCCCUGUCUGCUGGACAGCCCACACCAUCAUCAGGGACUUCUACAACCCUCUGCUGGUCAAUGCCCAGAAGAGAGAACUGGGCGCUGCGCUCUACAUCGGGUGGGGGGCAGCUGCUUUGAUGUUGAUCGGAGGGGGGAUGCUCUGCUCCAACUGCCCACAGAGGGAUGAAGAGUCCUACACUGCAAGGUACAAGGCUGCCAGAUCUGACGCCUCAGCACCAGUAUCUGUGAAAGACUAUGUCUGAAGCAGAUCAGUACAUGGUUUUCACAAAGCAUUGUCUGCUGGGACAAAUGCACUGGUGAAACUGGGUUGUGAAUGUUGAUAAUUCAGGACUUUACAUUUUCAAAAUGUUACUCCUCAUGAGAGUGUUUCAAGGAAAUUAACAGCAAAAAAAAGAACCACACCCAAAGAGAAUAUUUUAUAUGUUAAUGCAGUUACUUGUAUGUGAAUGGCUGUUAAAAUGAAUAUGAACGUUUUCUAAUUCUUUUCUUAUCAGUAUAAAUUUUCUAUAACCUCAGUUUUAUUUUUUUAAAUCCUCACUUUUUUGCAGCAUUGAUGUGGGUUGUUUUUAUGAACCGUGUGUAUGAGAUUCACAAUGUGUCAGUUAUACUGUAAAUAAAAAGUUUGUUCACAAAUCUGG